AUGAGUGGUGUUAUAAGUGAUCCUUCGAUUGCCGCUCAGUUGACUCCAUUAGAACAUGCUGUUCCUAGAAGUGCUAGUCAGAACGAAGACGAUUGGUCAGCCCAACAAGCACAAGAAUUUCAUCGAAGAACAGGUGAAGCAAAUCGAAUUGAAGCCAUGGACAUCAAGAUUGACAAACAAGCCGGGGUGGUCCGGAAACUUAUAACAGCGAGAAAUGCGGAAGUAGAUUUAAUAAAUGCACGUAGAAGACGAAAUGAUGAUAAAAUUGAGACUCGAAAAGAAAGAAAAAGAAUUUCUAGAGCGAUCAGAAAACGAAAACGGGAAGAAGAGGAUCAAAGGGACACAGAAGUGGAAUCUUUUAAACGAAGAAAAAUGGAAACGGAUCAAACCUAA